GAAACUAUUUCAGACGAGGAUUAGGUGGCAUUGAUUUGACUUAGAAAGGCGAUUAUUGAUUCUGUAAUUAAAACUACUUCAUUUGCUUUAUUUUUCCCAUUUAUUGUAUUUUAAAGAAUUCUGUAAGGGUUAGCAACUUGAGUGAAUAAUGGCAGUGAGUUUGAGGUUACCUCCACUGCCGUCAGUGAGAGACAUUACAAAAUUGUACAGACUCAAAGCCAAGAAACAAUUGGCGCAAAAUUUUUUGAUGGACGAGAGACUAACGAAUAAGAUAGUACGACAGGCAGGUAAUCUUCAGGGUUGGCAGGUAGUGGAGGUAGGUCCUGGGCCUGGUGGAAUAACCAGAUCUAUCAUGAAAAAAACACCGGAAAAAAUUCUAUUAGUUGAGAAGGAUAAGAGAUUCCAACCAACGUUGGAGAUGUUAACUGAGGCAUUUUCCACUAUAAAUGGUAAAAUGGAUGUUUUCUACGAUGACAUUAUGAGAUUCAACUUCAAUGAGGUCUUCUCCGAGGAGUGCAAACGCGAGUGGAAUGACAAAAACCCAAAGAUACACAUAAUUGGAAAUCUCCCUUUCAAUGUUUCUACUCCACUCAUUAUUCAAUGGCUACGCGACAUUGCAGAGAGGCGGGGGGCUUGGGCAAUGGGAAGGGUCAGGAUGUUGCUGACUUUCCAAAAGGAAGUUGCGGAGAGGCUGGUUGCUCCACCAGGUGGAGAACAGAGGUGUCGUUUGUCGGUGAUGGCUCAGGCCUGGACUAAACCGACACUGAGGUUCGUUAUACCUGGCAGGGCUUUUAUCCCGGAGCCAGAUGUCGAUGUGGGGGUCGUGACGUUCGAUCCAUUGGAGGAGCCCAAAACUGACCAUGAAUUCAAGUUCUUUGAGAAGGUGACCAGGCACUUGUUCUCCUUCAGACAAAAGUAUUCCUUGGCGUGUGUUAAAACAUUAUUUCCGUACGAAUAUCAAAACGACCUAGGUCUGAUGAUGUUUAAGCUCUCCGACCUGGACCCCACAACGAGGCCGAUUGAACUAACAGUUGAAGAUAUGCACAGACUAGCUUCAGCCUACAAAUAUCUCCUGGAGAAGCACCCAGAAAUACAAGGCUAUCACUACCGAGAUUCCCGGAGGGUUCUUCCCAAAUCCCAUACUAAAGAGGUCAGCGUUGAGGACUUAGACGACAUCUCUUCCUCAGAUGGAGUUGACUCUCUUCCGCAAUCUUACGAAAUUUUCAUGAAUAAAUAAACAGUCCAACUGCGUUA